ACUGAGCAGGGAGCGAGGCAGACACACGCCACAGAUCAGGAGGAGAGGAAUCACCAAACCACCUCUGCGGGUUCCGGCUCCCCUUUUUUUCUCUACCUUUUUGGCUCAUUAAUGCACUUUUCAACCUUUUUCUAGCGUGACCGGGAAGUCACUGAAAAUGAUCCUUUUGUUUUGAGCGCUCUGAAGACGCGCACACACACACACACACAACACACGCACAGACACAGGCUCGUCUGUGCGUCUUCUCGCAUCUUUUGCAUUUUGUCCCCCCUACGCGCCGCUUCGCAGUAAUGUGCCGUAACACGGGCUGGUAGCAUCUUUGGAGCUCUUCUCAACAGGAAGCUGCACUGGGGAUCACAAACCAGGAUGGUAAUCCAUUGUUCGUAACCAGCUUGAGUUCGGCAAAGACCACCAUAACUUCACUUUCUUCUCCUAAACAUUGACGAUCAUUCCCCAGCCAUGUCUAACAUAAACAAUGCGCUUUGCAUUGAAAAUGGACAAAACGCAGAUGUGUCUCUUUUACAAAAGGAUAACCUGGAUGGUGGAUUAAGCCAGCUUUUGGAUUAUAACGCUGAAAUGGAAAGGUACAGAUCUUUUGCAAACUUUUAUAAAACCAACGGGGCAUUUCCACAGACUGCUAAAAUCGCCCGCAUCACAACGCCCAUUUUUCCCAGUGCCAGAAUUGGUAUGUCCCCUUGGAACUGUGAUAACGCCAUGCUCUGGGGAAGGAAAUCAGCUGCAAUAAACCCUAAUAGGACCACCAUGCAUAGAAAUGACUCCCAGAGACCGGGGAAGCCUGGCGUGCCGCCAGAGACACUGCAAAUGGCAAAUAAUAAUUUCCUCUCUACCUUAUCCCCCGAACACUGCAGACCUUUAGCGGGAGAAUGCAUGAACAAGCUGAAAUGCGGCGCUGCUGAAGCAGAGAUAAUGAAUCUCCCAGAACGCGUUGGAACUUUUUCCGCCAUUCCGGCUUUAGGGGGCAUCUCAUUACCUCCCGGGGUCAUCGUCAUGACAGCCCUUCACUCCCCCGCAGCCUCAGCAGCCGUUACAGACAGUGCGUUUCAAAUUGCCAAUCUGGCAGACUGCCCACAGAAUAAUUCCUCUGCAUCCAGUGGAAACCCAGCUAAGAAGAAAAGGAAAAGGUGUGGGGUGUGUGCACCCUGCAGGCGGCUAAUCAACUGUGGUGUCUGCAGCAGUUGUCGGAACCGCAAAACAGGCCACCAGAUCUGCAAAUUUAGGAAAUGCGAGGAGUUGAAGAAGAAGCCAGGCUCGUCGCUGGAGAGGACGCCGGUCAACAACGGCGAGGCGUUUCGGUGGUUCUUUUAGGAACCCGGGGCAGCUUCCUCCAGCAGCAGGACCAGGCGGGACUCUUGACUUUCAGCCAGGAGCACUUCAUGGGCUCACAGAGCCCAACGCGCCCCCACACAUUUGGAGAGGACGCAACCAGAAAAAGUGGACUGACAAAAAGAUAAAACAAAAACAUAACGGUGUUGUUUUAACUCUGUAAUUUCUUUUUCUCUGUAAUUAUUGUACCUUUUUGGCAGUAUCAUUAUGUAUAUUUUGGGUGUCUAUGAAUGUGUUUUCAAUGUUGCGGCUGUAGUUCUGCAGCCAUCCCUAUGUAAAGGACCCAAACAGACAAUCAUACAAUCACACUGAAUCCGUCAAACAGAAGAGGCCACAAGGAUUGAUGAUCUAUCGACACGUCACUCUGGAGCAAUAAUCUAUUCUGUUGAUUAUCCUUCAACUUUUCACUUUCUCUCGACUUCAGUUAUUUCCAUCAAAACAAGCCAUAUCCUGUUUUGUUUCGUGUUUUCAACCACAUGCUCAUGUUAAUAUCAUUGGUGGUAGUUUCAUUGACGGAGGGCACCAGUGCAUCUGUGAUGGACUUGAUUCCUCAUUUGAGUGGACUCACUGCAGAACAGGGCACAUUGUCUUGUGCGGUGAGCUGCACUCUUUUAAAACUCUGUGGCUUGUGCACGCUGCCAAACCAAGUCCCAAUUUUAGCAAAUCUGAUCAGGCUCAGAUCUCUCUGACUGACCGUUUAGAUCACAGGUGUCAAAUUCCAGUCCUUGAGUGUUAUAGAUGUUUCCUUGCAUCAGAACGCCGGAUUUAAAUCAAUGAGAUCCUCAUCAGCUUGUCAUCAAGGUCUGCACCAGUCUGUUAAUGACACCGUCGCUUGUAUCAGGGUGUGUUGAGGCAGGGGAAGAUCGAAAACAUGCAGGACAUCGUCCCUCGAGCACUGGAAUGCAGCACCCCUGGUUUAGAUUAAAGCAAGUUACCAGAUCUGGCUUCCCUAAUCCAAAUAGUUGCCAUGGUAACCUAUAGGCACAGAACAGAUGCAAACAAACCAAAAUGGAGGGUGGCGUAAAUUUAUUGCUAUACCGUCGCAAAUAGUUCUGAGGAGCCGUAGUGUCAUUUUUCUACAAUUUUAGAGAAAACAUCAGACUGAGGAGGCCGAUGUGCUACUUUAGUUUCCAUCAGCUGCCUCCACCAGUAUGUCAGUACAGCGGGGUGUAUGAUUCAGGCAGGUUAGCUGUUAGCUAAUGGAGGAAUCCCUGUCACUUCCAUCACUCUUGUAGACACAACACAAACAACAACUAUG